UUUUUAAGUAGUUAGAAUAGAUAGAGUAAUAACCAGAGAAACAAAACAAAAAGGAGGAAGAGGAAGAAAGGAGUAGAGAGAUGUCGCAUGUUACCGCCGCGUUCGUCCUCGUCUCGCUCUUGGGCCUCUCGGUCGUCCUGGCGGAGGACCCAUACCUCUUCUUCACAUGGAACGUGACGUACGGCAGCAUCGCCCCUCUCGGCAUUCGCCAGAAGGUCAUCCUCAUCAACAACCAGUUCCCGGGCCCCGAAGUCAAUUGCACUUCCAACAACAACAUUAUCAUCAAUGUCUUCAACAAUCUCGAUGAGCCCUUCCUCCUCACAUGGAACGGCGUUCAGAACAGGAAGAACUCAUGGAUGGACGGGACUCCGGGGACCAACUGCCCCAUCCCGCCGGGCCAGAACUUCACCUACCACUUCCAGCCCAAGGACCAGAUCGGCACCUUCUUCUACUUCCCCUCCGUCGGCAUGCAGAAGGCGGCCGGCGGCUUCGGCAUGCUCCGCGUCCACAGCCGCCUCCUCAUCCCGGUCCCCUUCGCUCCCCCGGCCGAAGAAUUCGACGUCCUCGCCGGCGACUGGUUCACCGCCAGCCACAAGCUCCUAGCCCGCAAGCUCGACGCCGGCCGCGGCCUCGGACUCCCUGCCGGCGUCCUCAUCAACGGUCGCCCCGGCAGGCCCGUCACCGGCCACGAUGACCCCCCCAUGUUCACCGUGCAGGCCGGCAACGUCUACCGCUUCCGCUUCUGCAACGUCGGCCUCAAGACCUCCCUCAACUUCCGCAUCCAAAAGCAUUCACUGAAGCUAGUCGAGAUGGAGGGCUCCCACACCAUCCAGAACCUCUACGACUCCCUCGACGUCCACGUCGGCCAGUGCUUGUCGGUUCUCGUCGUCGCCGAUCAGGGCCCCGGCGACUACUACCUCGUCGUCUCCACCCGCUUCACCAAGAAGAUCCACACUGCCACCGCCGUCCUCCGCUACGCCGGCUCCAACACCCCUCCAUCGCCGGUCAUCCCCGAGGGGCCCUCGGGCUGGGCCUGGUCCUUCAACCAGUGGCGGACUUUCCGAUGGAACCUCACAGCCAGCGCCGCCCGGCCCAACCCUCAGGGCUCCUACCACUACGGAGAGAUCAACAUCACCCGCACCAUCAAGCUCCUCAACGGCCACACCGUCGUCGACGGCAAGCGCCGCCACUUCAUCAACGGCGUCUCCCACGUCGACCCCGACACGCCGCUCAAGCUGGCCGAGUACUUCAACCUCAGCAACCCGGUGUUCAAUUACAACCUCAUGGGCGACGUGCCACCUGCCCUUGAUAUCCCAGUGAAACUUGCACCCAACGUCAUCACCGCCGAGUUCAGAACUUUCAUCGAGAUCAUCUUCGAGAACACGGAGAGGAGCAUCCAAUCCUACCACUUGGAUGGCUACGCCUUCUUCCCUGUAGGGAUGGGGCCGGGGAAGUGGUCGCCGGAGAGCCGAAGACUCUACAAUCUUUUGGACACGGUGAGCCGGCACAGCAUCCACGUAUUCCCGAAGUCAUGGACGGCGAUCAUGCUGACCUUCGACAAUGCUGGGAUGUGGAAUUUGAGAUCCAUGAACUGGGAGAACAAGUACUUGGGGCAGCAGCUAUACGUAAGUGUGACCUCACCGGCACGAUCGUUGAGGGAUGAGUAUAAUAUGCCUGAUAAUACACUCCGGUGCGGGGCGGUGGUCGGGCUUCCCUUGCCGCCGUCCUACGUCUAA